AUGGCAUCAGGGGUUGAACCGGAUCCUGCCACUCUACCGCUACCAGCAUCACCCACAUCGUCACCCAUACCACCACCGACAGAAGCCGAGAAGCAAGAGCAAGCAGCACAGCCAAAGAAAAAUGCUAAUACCCUCUCUUCUCUAUCUCAUAGUCAGACUACCGCUCGCCCCGAGGGCGGCCGCAAGAACAAGACCCCUGAGGAGGAAGUCACUGGUGUUGCCGACCAGGCUCUCGCCAACGCGGGCGACAUGAAGCUACCCGGUCUCUCGCCCAAGGAAGGCGAUGACAGCUCGUUGAAGAUCAAAAUCAGUUUGAACCUCCAUGCCAAGGUUCGCUUGGAUCUGGACGCUCAGAUCUACGGUGAUAUCACCAUCGGUCUGCUGUAA